AUGGCCACAGUGAUGAAGCUUUCCUUUGACGAGGACCACCGCCACUCUGUGUGCCAGCUUGGGGGUCUCCAGGCCAUCGCCGAGCUGGUCCAGCUGGAGCACGAGGCCCACGGUCCGGCCGGCGACCCGUGCUGCUCGACGCUGAGGCGGUAUGCUGGGAUGGCCCUCACGAAUCUCACAUUUGGUGAUGGGACCAACAAGGCACUCCUCUGUUCCUAUCGGGGCUUUGCACGAGCCCUGGUGUCCCAGCUGUAUUCUCCCAGUGAGGACCUGAGACAGGUUACCGCAAGUGUUCUGCGUAACUUAUCAUGGAGAGCUGACAGUGGGAGCAAGGCGGUGUUGCAGGAAGUGGGCACUGUGUCUGCAUUGAUGCAGGCUGCCAUGGAAGCCAAGCGGGAGUCUACACUCAAGUCCAUAUUGUCCGCUCUCUGGAACCUCUCUGCCCAUUGUGGUGAAAAUAAGGCCGAGAUCUGCGCCUUCGAAGGUGCGUUGGCCUUCCUGGUCUCUAUGCUCAGCUACAACGCCCCCUCCAAGACGCUAGCGGUUGUCGAGAAUUCCGGUGGGAUCCUGAGGAACAUCUCCAGCCAGAUUGCUCUCUCUGAUGAAUACAGGCAGAUUCUGCGUGAGGGAAAAUGCUUGGAAACUCUACUGCAACAGUUGAAGUCUCCCAGCUUGACUGUAGUGAGUAAUGCAUGCGGUACUCUUUGGAAUCUCUCGGCUCGCUGCACCCGCGACCAGCACCGCCUGUGGGAACUGGGUGCCGUACCCAUGCUCAAGUCACUCAUUCAUUCCAAGCACAAGAUGAUCAGCCUCGGAUCGAGUGCUGCUCUGAAGAACCUAAUGUCCGGACCUCCCCGUCCUCUGCAGAAUCCCCUCACACUUUCUGGGCUGGACGUGCCUACCCUCCAGGCCCGUAAGCAGAAGGCACUCACGCAGCAUCUAGAAAACCAAAACUUGACCGAGACGUGUGAAAACAUCGAGAGUCCAACCAGUCCAGCCGUUGAACGGUCGGUGACGGCGGCGUUCGACCGACGAGCAAAUCGCUUUUAUAAUUCCCUCCGAGGCCAUUCUUCACAGUCUAUGUAUGGCAAUGGACCUGUAAACGGGAUCCUGCGAUCCGAGAGUCACGAAUCCAUUCGCAGCACCCAUUCGGAAUCCUACUGUGAACGCUGGCGGCAUCGCUCGGGAGAUAUAUCCCUCUACGGCAACCUUCCUAGUGAUCCGACUCUGCAGCCGCUAGACCUCUCCCGUAAGAGCAACAACAAUCUUACCAGGAAUAACAGCAACAACAACAACAGCAUCAUGAGCGACCAGGAAUUCGCUGAACGAAUCAGCAAGCUGAGUGAGACAUAUCUCAAGUCAGAAACAUUUGGCAGUCUCCCACGUCGUCAUUCGGCCGACAUCCUCGAUCCAAGAAACGUUGGUGUCAUUGCCCCUCAUCCCACCGUUUCUGGCUCCGAUUCAGCGAUGGCUCAGCCAGGUGUCCGGCGGUCGCUCUCCAGCGAUCGCUGCUCCAUCCCCGCCCAUCCGAACAGUGCAUUCGAACCGUAUCAGCACGGUGUGAAGGUGAAGAAUUACGCGACCGAGAGGCCGUUGGAUUUCAGCCUGAAAGGAGACGAUUCGAAAUCGGCGUACACGGAGACCGACCUCGACGAGCCUGUCAAUUACAGCCUCAGGUUUUCUGAGGGAGAGCAGGACGAGAGCGAGGACGAGAAACUCUUCAAGAAGCCCCUUCCACCCAACGUGAACGCGUACGUGGAACCCCUCUCCAUCCACGACGACUCCGUGAAAACGUACUGCACCGAGGGAACCCCGUACAUGAUCUCGAACGCGGGAUCCCUCAGCGACCUCACGGCGGACGACAAGUCCGAACUUGGGGCCAAGAAGAUCCGAUUGAUCUCGGGUCGCGCGUCGCCGGAGAAGCCCAAGACCUACUGCGUCGAGGACACGCCUGCCAACCUUUCCCACAGAAGUUCCCUCAGCAAUAUAGUUGUCAGUUUGGACAAGGACGGACCGAAGUUACCGCAGGAAUCUUCCAGUGCUGUUCCGGAAGGAGAGAAGGUCGACGAGAGCUCGCAGAAAGCAGGUGGGAAGUCGGUGACGUUCAGACCGGGUGCGCCAGAAGAGACGCCGUUGAUGUUUUCUCGAUGCAGCUCGCUGGAUUCCCUUUCGUCGGCCGAUCAGCACUCCCUUCACGACGACCGCAACUCCGUCGUCUCUGAAUACAGUCGGAGGACAAGCGAGGUGGUGUCUCCUAGCGACCUCCCCGACUCCCCUGGUCAGACGAUGCCCCCGAGUCCAAGGCAGCGAAAACCCCCACCACCUCCACUGGAACAAGACCUCAAAACCCAGAUUCAUGCUGGGACAGAGGCAAAAGAUGGAGACACCCCAGAUGUGUUUGCUGAGAACCUCAAGACCUACGAGACAGAAGGGACCCCUUUUAAGCACAGUCGGGCCACAAGUCUCAGCUCUCUCACCAUCGAUGAUGACACGUCUCGUGUGAAUGGGAUGGCUCAGGUCGGCAUGCUUUCUGGGGACUAG